CACAGUGACAUAAAAAUAGAAAACUUUCUAUAUUAAAAAGGUAUUAUAUGAAGUUUUUUUAAUUGGACUUUAACAGAGAAUGCAGAGUUUCCUCUGCUGAAUAAUGUGCUUUGCUUCAGAUGUGCAGGGAAAUAGGAAUUGGGCCUGAGGCAUGCUAUGUAACUCCAGAGUGAGGGACUGAUGGUUACUCUGUAGGCUAAUAGUCUGGCAUGGUAAUGUAAGACAAGAACUGGAAAAAACACCGAGGUCCCCAAGAACAUUGACCAGCUAAAUUUACUUUAGCAGCUUAAUUCUUGUGCUAAUGGUUAAAGUAAAAUUAGUGGUGGUGUCCUGCAGCAUUUUUAUUUUAGACUGCUUUUAACUCAUACUUCAGAGUAAAAAAGUAUGCAGCCAUGCAACCUAUCUCUAAAGGAGAGUAGGGUCCACAUAUAUGGACAGACUGUGAAUUAAUUGUGUGUGUUUGAUGGGAUUAAUGGUGGCAGUUCCAUAUUGCAUUAUAUUAGUGUCCAUGGGUGGGUGCAGAGGGGUUAUUAUACACUGUGACCUCUCUGGAAUAGGCAAUAUGACUGGAGAUUCUGGCUACAUUAAAAAAAAAAAAAACUCCAAAAAUAUGAGCUUUGUUUCAAUUAAUAUCUGUGUAGGUCUUUGUGCUUUGUAGGUCUUCCAGGUUGGCUUACAUAAAAGCCGAGUAUUAAGUUUGUAGCAUAUAUCCAGUCAAUCAUGAAAUGUGCAAUUACAGCAGAGCUGUGGUUUAAAGUUAUUCAAAUAUGCUCACAGGCUUUGUAUUAAUGGAUGUUUUUCCCGUUGCAAGAAAAUAAUUUCAUUAAAUUGGAUCAUCAGGGUAAUUCAGACAUGUUCUAGAAAGUUUACUUGAUAUGAAAAAGCACAUGCUGACCAUCAUUGCUUUGACACUGAGAUAAAUAUAUAUAUAUGUAUGGCAAAAUUAAUGUAUCCAACAUGGCAUAGGUUUCCUUCCUGGUCUUUCACUAAGUCAGUCAAACAACUUUAAUUUACUCUUUCUAUUCUUAAUACAUUUUCUGCAAAGCAGUGGCUGAUUCAAGUCUGAAGAGGCUUUUUAAGUAGUGCCCAGAUCACACGGACUUGAAGCUUGUAUAUAGUCCUAAAGGAAGUGUGUUUGGACUUGUUUGCCUUUGCAGUUUCAAUGUCGUUUGAUCAUGACUGUGCCUAUUGUAAAGACUUAUUCCUGUCUCUUUUUUACAGAAGUGGAAGUUUGUUUUGAAUGUGUGAUAGGCACUUGAUAAAUCAGUGAUGAAGUAAAUCAAUUUGAGAACAUUUAUGUGUUUUCAUCAGCUGGAAUUGCUGAUUAAAAUUACAAAAGCUACUUAAAAGCCAAAGUCCGUUAAAGUUUUUCUGUAAGUUACAAUUUGGUCAUUUACUGGAGUGAAACUUGGUGAAAGGAUGGUGGCAUCAGUACAGACUGAUGGACAGACAUAACUGCAUGUGCCAGCAGUGAAAAUGAUACCAGAAAGCCUCAUUCCAUUUUCUUCUGAGUUUGGUGAUCAACGAUGUCAGAACCCUUGGAAACAGAGAUGAAGGUACACAUGCACACAAAAUUUUGCAUCAUUUGUUUGCUGACAUUUAUUUUUCAUCAGUGCAAUCAUUGCCAUGGAGAUGGACACAACAACGGUCCCAAAAAGGAUCGUGUGCACGACCAUAAUGACUAUCAGAUCUCAAAUGAAUCAUACUUCCAGAAUGGAGGAACAGAAUCUAUGCCCAGUAAAUUUUCAACGUUGGAAGCAGAAAAUGAACAAAAAUACUACAUUGAAAAGAUUUUUGAUCGCUAUGGUGAAAAUGGAAGAUUAUCUUUUUUUGGCCUGGAAAAACUGUUAAUAAGCCUUGGUUUGGGAGAGGUAAAAGUAGUGAUGAUAAAUCAUGAUGAUAUUGGCCACGAUCAUGUUUCUCACUUGUAUGCUUUGGAAGUACAGGAAGGAAAGCAUUUUCAUCCUCAUAACCAUGCUCACAGCCACUCAGAUUCAGAAAACCAGACCAUGGUGGGUGCGUCUGCAAAGAGAAACCACAAAUGUGACGCCGAGAGAGAGGCGGCGGUGCCCUCGCUGAAGGAGGAGGGCAAGCACGUGCACAACCAGAGCCGCCGGCACCAGCACCACCAGCACCCGCGCGCGCACCGGCACGAGCACAACGGCACGCGCCACUCGCGCCACGACGCCGGCGGGCACGGCGACCCCGCCGAGCAGAGCCACGAGCCCGCCACCGACACCAACACCACGCAGGAGCAGCCCGAGCGCAAACAGCGCAAGCAGAAGAAGAAGCAGAAGAAGAUCAGCGAGACGUCGGGAGACGCCACGUGGGAUUACGCCGCGGAGCACGACGGCGGCGAUCAGUACGAGCACAACCGCGUGCACAAGCACGACCACGUCCACGACGCCUCUCACCUGCACGUGCACCACCACGAGCGCGGCGGUGACCGCUCCGCCGGCCACGGCCACCAGGACGGCAGCGCGGGCACUGCCACCGGGCACCGCCACACCAGCAAGCGAGAGGCCUCGCACAAGCAGAUCAGCGUGAGGAAACACGCCCUCCCUGCGGCACGCGGGCACAAGGACCACGGUGAGGAUGAGCACAAGCAUGAAGAGUGCUUAAAUGCUACACAGCUGCUACGGUACUAUGGUCUGGAAGCCAGCUCCCUAAUAUCUCCUGAGCUCUUCGUGUACAUCUGUCCUGCUUUGCUCUACCAGAUUGAGAGAAGGCUCUGUAUUGUACAUUUUGAUGAGCUGGACGAUCUUGCAAGAAAUAAAAAUGCAUCAAUUGAGAAUAAAGAUAAAACAGGUGCAUCAGCCUGGUUUUGUGGUAUCAUCUCUAUCACCGUCAUUAGCCUGCUUUCCUUGCUAGGUGUGAUCUUGGUUCCCAUCAUUAACCAAUGGUGCUUCAAAUUUCUUCUAACUUUCUUGGUAGCUCUGGCUGUAGGAACAAUGAGUGGAGAUGCACUGCUCCAUCUCUUGCCACAUUCGCACGGAGGCCACAACCACAGCCACCACCAUGGCCAAGGGCACGUGCACGAGCACAGGCACUCGCACCGGCACGGCCACGCACACGCCGUGCACGCCGAGGGCUUCCUGGAGGAAAAUGACCCCGUGCUCAAGGGGCUCUUGGCACUUGGAGGCAUUUAUGUUCUCUUCAUCAUUGAGCACUGUAUAAGAAUGUACAAACAUUACAAUAAACAGAAGAGUAAGCAGAAAUGGUGCAAAAAACCCCAGCCGGAAGAAUCACCAAUUGGAAGGAAACUCUCUGAUCACAAAUUAAAUAACAGACCAGAUGCUGACUGGCUUCAGCUGAAACCCCUUGCAGGAGCAGAUGACUCAGUUUUGUCUGAAGACCGACUGAAUGAAACUGAACUGACUGACUUGGACGGGCAGCUGGAGCCCCCUGCCAAGAACUACCUGUCUGCAGAAGAGGAGAACAACCUGCGCCACUCUCACAACGACGUCGCCCACGGCGCCCAAGAGCACGAGCUGCACGAUUCCGAGUAUGACAGCCAUGGAGAAGAUAAAAUGAUAGCUAGAAAACACAGUCACCACUGGCAUCACAAACAUUCCCAUCAUUCCCAUGGCCACUGUCAUUCUGGAAAAGACCUGAAAGAUACUGGGAUAGCUAAUAUUGCUUGGAUGGUAAUUAUGGGAGAUGGCAUUCACAACUUUAGUGAUGGCUUAGCAAUCGGAGCAGCUUUUAGUGCUGGACUGACAGGAGGAAUUAGUACAUCUAUAGCAGUAUUUUGUCACGAGCUUCCCCAUGAAUUAGGUGACUUUGCGGUGCUGCUGAAGGCGGGGAUGACGGUGAAGCAGGCCAUCGUGUACAACCUGCUGUCGGCCAUGAUGGCCUACAUCGGCAUGCUGAUCGGCACGGCCGUGGGCCAGUACGCCAACAACAUCACCCUGUGGAUCUUCGCCGUCACCGCCGGCAUGUUCCUCUACGUGGCCCUGGUCGACAUGCUUCCAGAAAUGCUUCAUGGAGAUGGAGAUAAUGAAGAGCAUGGUUACUGUCCUGUGGGGCAGUUUAUUCUUCAGAAUCUAGGCCUGCUUCUUGGAUUUGCCAUCAUGCUGGUGAUUGCCCUCUAUGAAGACAAAAUAGUGCUUGACAUCCAGUUUUGACCUGAUGCUGACGCUAAACAUGUAUUGUGUGCCACUUGCAGCAUAAACUACUGAAGAAUUGUGGCUGUGAAUUUGUGCAAACUCUUUUAACAAGAGAAUCCAUGUGGGAAUUUCUCCAUUUUUUAAAAUUAUUAUUUUGGACUGUUUUCUCCUCUUCAUGUUAAACCAAGGUGCAAGAUGCUAGUUGCUGAAGCUGGACACAAGGGUUAAAUUAUGCUCUGUGGAUGUUGUACUGGUAGGGUUUUUACGAUACUGUAACAGCGCAUCAAAUCUGUUCCUUCAAUGCCUUGAUAUCAGACAUUGUGACACCAGCCAUUUCUGGCAGUAAAGAAUAUGUAAGAAGAUUUCUACUUCCAGUAUAAAGGAGUUCAUUUCUAUGAUAUUUUUUUACAAUUUUGGUAUUUAAAUUAGAUUAUUAAAAAGCAGAUGUGGUAGAACCAUGGUAUGUGUCAUUUAGAAGAAUAGACUGAAAAUUUGGGCCUUAACUUGCUGGGACCAGCUGUCCUAGAUCAGAUUGUGCUGACAGGCAUUUAUUGCCAGACAUGAGUUAGUUCUUCUUGUACCCAUCUCCUUAAAAAGAAAUAAAUUGUAAGUCUGUGGGGAGUGCAAGUUGAUUCUGUAGUACCAGUCCUAAGCAUGGUAGUAGCUUUUUUCCCAAACAUCCAGUUUGUCUCUCUACUGUGUGUGCCAGGUAAAAGCUGUACUUUGACUGUGUGCCGUAAGUUUAAAGUUCCGGUCUGCUUGGUGCCAGUGUAGCUGCUAAAAACACUUAAUCCUGACACCUUUAAUGAGAGCCAGUGGGUCUCUGCAUUCCAUUUCAACUUCCCCUGUUUCCUGUGGCCCUUUCCUUUGGAAGCUUCAUUCGUCAGUUUUAGCUUUUACUGAGAGCAGCUCAUGUGUUUUAAAGGUAUCAGUUGGUUGCCAGUAUUUCUUCCUAAUGCAGUAUCAGGAAACAGUAUUAAGGGUCCAUUUCAAAGAAGGGUGCAGUUUCUUCAGUGAAGAAGCCAAAAGCCCAGAGUUCAGGCAUGUGGCCAUUUGAUGUUCUGAACUCAGGUUUUCUUUUUUCCUCUUUAAACAUAUUUAGUGUAGAACCCUAAUUACCAAACACACUGUUGUUAGCUUCAGAUUGCUGAAUUUCUGCAGUGUAAAACUCCUGGAUGACAUUUUUGCAUAGUGCCCAUGUUAAGUCAAUGAGACAAAACUUCCUGGAUACCUUCUGAAGAGCUGAGUUUAAACAAUCUCUGUUUCCUUUGUAUUAAACUGACUGACUUAAGUUUUUUUUCUUUUCUGUUAAUUCUGAAAUAUAAGGGGGUCAUUAUGCAGCUGAUGUUUUGUCCAAUUAUUUUUUUUAAGAUUUAUUUCUCUUAAUUCUUUUCAAAUGAAGAUUUCUGUAUUUCCGGUAGUAUAUUUACUGUUGUGUUAGUUGGAAUGUGGUUAUAGCUCAAUACACUGCCUCUGUAGGAAAAUAGUUAACUUCCUUCCAAGACCAUCUUCAGACAAGGGAAAAACAUGGUCGUUGAAGGUAGGUACUAUAUUUUUCAUGGAAUAUAGAUUGUUUACUUUUAUUUUCUAGUAUUUAUUGCAAGUGUAACAGAGCAGUGUAACAGCUGUGACUUCUCUGUGUUUCCACCAGUAUUGAAUUCCAGAUGAUUCUAAUGUACACUUCUGAGUCAUGUUACAGACAAUCUGAAUUCCACUACAUUUCUACUUGGCUUCAACAUUCCAUUUGGCUUGAAUCCAGAGUCUCAUUUAACUUGUAUUUGUUGGAGGGCAUAAAUGUUACUUGUAUAUUUUACAAUGCUGUCACUGUGUGACAUCCCAUAUGAAUUCUGAUGUAAAUCACAUUGCACUCAAUCCGCUGUGAUUAUGCUUAGAAAAUGUUGUAGUUGCUAGAUGCAGUGUGAUUUUUUUUUAUUAUUUUUUUCUUUCCUCUCCCCAUUAACAACUGAGUCUAUGGUUUAAAAUGUGAUAAUGGUCCAAUAAGAUAACUUGCUGAGCUAUUGUUUUUUUUUGUUAUAACUAAAUCAUUUUUAAAAAAUUUUAUAAAGCUGGAAAUUAUCAAAUGCUGUUUUGUUCAUUGUCAACGGUGUUGUGUUCAUUUUAUGUAUGUUCCUUAUACAUAAGGAGCCUUCAGAAAAUAAAAAAAAAAUUCAAGGAGCAGA